AUGAGCGUGCUGGCGACGAGUUUGUUGGCCGGGUUGUUGCAGGGCUACCACUCAACCAAGCCAAUUUUGCUGUCCUGCCGCCGCAUUUUGUCGACAACAACAGCGACGCUGCGUCGCCGCACUGGAUGUCACGUUCCCCACACUGUCCAAAGUAGCCUCAAUGCGUGGCAUCCGGCCUCGCUUGUGUGCCACUUCGAUUACGUGGUUGAUACCCUUCCGGCCAAACACAUCGUUUUUGGCACGCCCAUCUUCCGCCAACCCCUGAUGCUCGAAGCGCUCAAAGCAGACAAACCAGCGGCUGCAACCAUCUGGCAUCCCACCACGAACCUGCAUUACGCCGGGAAGACGAGCAAAGUCAGCGAGUUACGUUUCUGUAUUCGUGGGGCGGACGGAUGCACAAGCUUCCAGAGGGAUUUGAAUUCCCCCCCUCCGAGACAGCAACAGCUUAGUCACUUUGGUGGCUAG